AUGCGGCCAACUCUCAUGUCCGUGUUCCUGGAAAUUCAAGCUUAUUUCAUCAGAAAAGGCGGUUAUAGGAAUUCUGAUUCUCCAAUGCCCCGUGGAGAAGUUAUCAUUGGUGGUUACAGUAUAACAAACGGUUAUUUCAACAAUGAAGCAAAAACAGAUGAGGUGUAUAAGGUGGACGUGAGAGGAAUAUGCUGGUUUUACACUGGAGAUAUCGGCCAGCUCCGUCCUGAUGGAUGCAUUGAGAUCAUCGACAGGGAAAAAUACAUAUUUGAACCAGCUCUACAUACAAGCAAUUAUGUGGAUAGUAUCAUGGCCUAUGCUGAUCCAUUUCAUACUUACUGUGUUGCACUGGUAGUUUCACCACACCAGGCCUUGAAGAAGUGGGCUCAAAAUUCAGGGAUAAGCUACAAAGACAUUGAGCAGCUGUGUCAUAAUGAUCAAGCAAUUAAGGAGGUCCAGCAGUCUCUAUCAAAGGGCACAAAAGCAGAAAGGCUUGAGAAGUUCGAAAUACCUGCUAAGAUCGUCUUUUGCCUGAAUGUUGGACGAGUCUGGCUUGUGACUAAGAGGGAGAAGCUAAAGACUAAAUUUCAAGAUGAUCUGAAGAAGCUCGAUCACUGA